AGCAGCGGCUGCGGCUUCGGCCCGGUGGCGGCGGCGGCGGAGACGGCGGCAAAGGGGUUUACAGGAAGUUGCCUUAUCCUGAGUCAGACGACUGGUCCAUCUAGCUCAGUACUGUCAACACUGACAAGCAGCAGCUGUCUAGGGUUUCUGAUGGGAACAUUCCCAGUCCUGCCUGGAGAUACCAGGGAUUGAACCGGGGAUCUUCUGCAUGCAAAACAUGUAUUCUACCACUGAGAUAUUGCCCAGCUGUGGAUUUUGAAGUUUAUAAAACUUGACUCAGAAAACAUACAUGGAUGAAGUCUUACUGGAAAGUAUAAAUAAUCACAUGCUUGUAGCAGGAACUACUGACUUAAAGUUGAAGAGUCAUUGGUGCCAGGGCGAGUAUGCUGAUUCCUCCUUCACUCAUGAAGACUCCGUCCAUGGACACGGACUAUCCCAAGAAAGCUUCUUGGGACAGAAGAAUGUGCUUCUACUGGACUACAUGCUAUAAGGUGAGCAUUGUGCCUGGUGAUCCUCCCCAGACCCAUUAGCCAUGCCAGGGAUUGUGGUAUUCCGUCGUCGCUGGUCUGUAGGCAGUGAUGACCUUGUUUUGCCAGCCAUCUUUCUCUUUCUCCUUCAUACCACUUGGUUCAUAAUCCUUUCUGUGGUGCUCUUUGGACUGGCAUACAACCCCAAUGAGACCUGCUCUCUCAACCUGGUGGACCACGGCAGAGGCUAUCUGGGUAUUUUGCUUAGCUGCAUGAUCGCAGAAGUCGCAAUCAUCUGGCUCAGCAUGCGUGGCAGCAUCUUGUACACAGAACCUCGGGAUUCAAUGCAAUAUGUCCUGUACGUCAGACUGGCCAUCCUGGUGAUUGAGUUUAUCUAUGCUAUUGUGGGCAUUGUUUGGUUAACCCAGUACUACAGCUCCUGCAAUGAUGUUACUGCCAAGAGUGUCACUUUGGGAAUGGUCGUCUGCAACUGGGUCGUCAUUCUGAGUGUUUGCAUCACUGUCCUGUGCGUCUUUGAUCCAACAGGAAGAACUUUUGUCAAACUGCGAGCCACAAAGAGGAGGCAACGUAACUUGAGGACGUACAACUUGAGGCACCGUUUGGAGGAAGGGCAGGCUAGCAGCUGGACCCGACGGCUCAAAGUUUUCCUCUGCUGCACACGAACAAAAGAUUCCCAGUCAGAUGCCUACUCUGAAAUUGCAUAUCUCUUUGCUGAGUUUUUCCGAGAUCUUGACAUAGUCCCAUCUGAUAUCAUAGCAGGCCUGGUACUUCUGCGCCAACGACAGAGGGCGAAACGCAGUGCAGUACUGGAUGAAGCAAACAAUGAUAUUCUAGCUUUCUUGUCGGGGAUGCCAGUAACCAGGAACACCAAAUAUCUGGACCUGAAAAACUCACAAGAGAUGCUGCGAUACAAAGAGGUUUGUUACUAUAUGCUCUUUGCGUUGGCUGCCUAUGGCUGGCCCAUGUAUUUGAUGAGGAAACCUACCUGUGGACUUUGUCGCCUGGCCAGAUCUUGCUCAUGCUGUUGUCUCUGCCCCUCUCGGCCACGUUAUGCACCUGGUGUCACAAUUGAGGAAGAUAAUUGUUGUGGCUGCAAUGCUAUCGCCAUCCGUCGCCACUUUCUUGAUGAAAACAUGAGCUCUGUGGACAUUGUGUACACUUCCUGUCAUGAUGCGGUCUAUGAAACUCCCUUCUAUGUUGCUGUCGAUCAUGAGAAGAAGAAAGUGGUCAUCAGUAUCCGAGGAACUUUGUCCCCAAAGGAUGCUCUGACUGACCUGACUGGAGAUGCUGAGCGUCUCCCUGUGGAAGGUCAUCAUGGAACCUGGCUUGGACACAAGGGGAUGGUGCUGUCUGCUGAGUACAUCAAAAAGAAACUAGAGCAGGAGAUGGUGCUCUCUCAGGCCUUUGGGCGUGAUUUGGGCAGAGGAACAAAACACUAUGGCCUAAUUGUUGUGGGCCAUUCCCUAGGGGCAGGCACAGCUGCCAUUCUGUCUUUCCUGCUGCGUCCUCAGUACCCAACUCUAAAGUGCUAUGCCUACUCUCCCCCAGGUGGACUCUUAAGUGAGGAUGCAAUGGAGUACUCCAAAGAGUUUGUUACUGCAGUUGUGCUAGGCAAAGACCUAGUCCCGAGGAUCGGGCUCUCACAACUGGAGGGAUUUCGCCGGCAGCUUCUUGAUGUUCUGCAGAGAAGUAACAAACCAAAGUGGAGAAUCAUUGUGGGUGCCACAAAAUGCAUUCCCAAGUCUGAGCUCCCUGAAGAGCAAGAAGUGAAUUCAGUAACCAGUCACCGCCUCUGGACCCAUCCCAGUGACUUAACGAUUGCCCUGUCAGCAAGCACACCACUCUAUCCUCCUGGGCGCAUCAUUCAUGUCGUUCACAAUCAUCCUGCUGAACAGUGCUGCUGCUGUGAUCAGGAGGAACCCACAUACUUUGCCAUUUGGGGAGACAACAAAGCAUUUAAUGAAGUGAUAAUUUCCCCAGCAAUGCUACAUGAACACCUGCCUUAUGUGGUCAUGGAGGGUCUUAACAAGGUACUGGAGAAUUAUAACAAAGGCAAAACAGCCUUGCUUUCUGCAGCCAAAGUGAUGGUGAGUCCUACAGAAGUGGACCUCAACCCGGAGUUAAUCUUCCAGAAUCAGCCUCUGCCUAGGCUUUCUGUGCAGAUUGGAAUUGGAGACAUAGUAGUGGACAGAAGGAACAGCAGCACUAAGAGUAAGGCUCACUCUGAAAUCAGUUUGGAAGGGUUUUAUGAGACCAAGCUUCUAUCUCCAGUACAGAAGGAUCCUGUGGAGCUGCUGCUUCUAGAUACCAAGGAACGCCUGUCUGUAGAACUGCAGGACCGGCGUGCUCCUCUUGCUACAAUGGAGAGCCUGUCGGAUAAUGAAUCCAUUUACAGCUUUGAUUCAAGGCGUUCCUCUGGUUUUCGUAGCAUCCGUGGCUCACCCAGCCUCCAUGCAGUCAUGGAGAAAGAUGAGACUCACUGUUUUUAUAUCGACCCAGCAAUCCCUGAGGAAAACCCCUCCCUCAGCUCACGGACAGAGCUGCUUGCUGCUGACAGCCUCUCUAAACACUCCCAGGAGACUCAGCCUCCUGAGGCCCUGCACAACAGUGGAGACACCACUCCUCAGCGGCGUUGCAGUGACGGCGGUGCUGGCAGUGAUGCAGACCACGUUUCCUUCACUGCUCAGGAGGAACUGACCCUCCAGAACGGGAGGCUCAGUGAUGACCCCAGUCCGCAAGUGUUGGAGUUUGCCGAGUUUAUAGACAGCCUCUUUAAUCUGGACAGUAAAAGCAGCUCCUUCCAGGACAUCUACUGCAUGAUGGUAUCGGACAGCACUAGUGAUUUUGCUGAGAUGCCCAAGUCUGUCAGUGAUCAGGAGAUCCUGCUAAGAGCACAGUAUGAGCCCAACUUAGUCCCAAAGCCCCCCAGGUUAUUUGCGGGCUCAACAGAUCCCUCCUCAGGCAUAUCAGUUUCCCCUUCUUUCCCUCUGAGUUCUUCUGGAGAGCUUAUGGACCUCACUCCUACAGGCAUGAGUAGCCAGGAAUGUCUGGCCACUGACAAAAUCCGGACUUCCACUCCCACUGGCAAUAUGACCAGCCCUGCCAAACAAGAGGACUGCAUGAUCUCAGCCCUCUAGUGUAGAAGAGAAGGGCCCAAAUAGCCAAUCCCAUGCUUUGAGUCAUGGGAUAAAAUGUGGAGGACCUGGUCACUGGGCAGUGAGAGUUGUGGAAGAUGCAUGGGGAAAGGUGGCAUUCUUUCCUAGGUGCUUUGUUAAUGGCGCCACAGUGGAUGUCAGCACGAAGGAUGCCACAAUGUGGUUUGUGUUCUUUGGUUAGGGAGAAAAUCACUGCCUAACGCAGCCUGCUGCUUUUUGAGGACCUUGUUCACUGAAGUUAGAUGACUGGUUUCCCUACCUCAGCAUAUUUCUUUUAAGAAGGAGGCAGGAUCUCUGCCUUUCCUGCUGAAAUUAGGAAGUUACUGUCCACAGGCUAGAGGACCAGAGCUACAUAAGCUGAGGGGUCAGAUAAUGUCCUUGGAAUUGUGUCUGAAUCAAGGAGAUUGUGACUUUGGGCCCUAUUGCACUAGCGUAUCAUGUUUGACUCAAGCACCUGUCCAUCAUUGUCAUCAUUGUGAUUUUUUUAAAAAGAAAAAUCAGA